UUGAUGAAAAUGAUGAAAAUGUCAACAUUAUUAUCAUCAAUGGAUAAUGAUAAUAACGGUUACGAUAAUGAUAUGCAAUUAAUCGAUUAUCAAGUGUCAUCAGCAUCAACGCCAGCGUCACAAGCAUCAUCAGAAUUAACAUCAAAAUCACCAGCAUCAUCAGUAUCCCCAGCAUCACCAACAUCAACAUCAUCAUCAUCUGACUGUGAUAAGUGUCAUCAACAUUUUUGUGAUUCUUGUGUUUAUUGUUUUCAUAGAAAAAAUCAAUGUGAUAAUAAAAAACCAACAUUAGUGUUACCAGUGUUAAAAUCUCUGAAUAAAAAUCCUAAUAGAACAGCUAGAUUAUUGCCUAAUCAUUAUAAUUAUAAUCAUCGUCAAACACGUGUUAUAAAAACACGUAAUAAUAAUAAUCGUUUACAAUUAAUACAAAUUUGUUUAAUAUUAUUAUUAAUAACAAGUAUUACAUCGGUUACAUGUAUGUUGGAUGCAUUGAAAGCAUUAUUUAUAUUGACAGGUGCAUCAACCUAUUUGGUGACCAAAUAUGUUAACAUUAGUCAACAACAACAACCAAAUCAACAACAUCAUCCACACCAUCCAAAUCAUCAACAACAAACCAAUGGACCAUUUUGGACACCACCAUCAACAUUAUCUUUAUCGCCAUCACAAUCGAUGAUAAAUGCAAAUCAUUCAUGGAUGGCAUCAUCAUCAUCAAUGUCACAACGACAAUGGCCAAUGUUUCGUGAAAAUCAUCAACAACAACAACAACAAUCAUCUUCUUUUUCAAAUAUACCAUUAUUAUUGAUGCCUGAAGGAAUUAAUUUUUUAAAAGGCGAUCAAUCGUCCACCGUUAACAGCAGCAGCAGCAAUGGUGGUAACAACAAGUCACCACCACCAUCAUCUAUCAGGCCAAUUUAUGUAUUGGCAAUCGAAGAGGAAGAAAAUGAACAAAAUAUGCCAAAAUCAUUAUUAAAUUUAUCAAUAAGUUCAGAUCAUAAUCAUUAUCAUGAUAAUGGAAAUAAUCAAUCCAUAAAUAAUCUAUUGAAUAAUAUAAAAGUUGAUUAUAUAAUUGAUACAAAACUCGAUGAUUAUGCUCAAGUUUUUAAAUAUUUUGCAUUGAAUCGUACAACUGGUGAAUUGUUUCUUAUACGGCCAUUGGAUCGUGAUCCACCAAAUGGUCGCUCACGUUGGCGUUUUUCCAUACAAGCUCGUAACCGGCAAACACAAAUGAUAUUAGCAAUGGCUGAUAUAGCCAUUACAGUUCGGGAUAUUAAUGAUAAUAAACCAUUGUUUGAACAAAAAUUAUAUCGUACAACAUUAAUGGAAAAUGGACCUGCGGGACAAAUUCUUACGAAAUUACAUGCUGUGGAUUUUGAUGAAGCUGAUUUAGUUGAUAAUGGUAAAAUUCUUUAUUCAUUAAUUAAAUCACCUGCAUUAAUUGCCAAUGAUAAUAAUAAAAAUAAUCAAUCAAAAUGGACAACGGAUUUAUUUCAAAUUGAUCCACAUAACGGAGUGUUAACCGUAUUGGAUUGUUGUUUUGAUCGUGAAAAACAAUCUGAAUAUAAUUUAAUUGCAAGAGCUACUGAUGCUGGUGGUCUUUGGGAUGAAACAAAAAUUUUAGUUAAUAUUGGUGAUAUUAAUGAUAAUCCACCAAGAUUUUUGAAUCCAUCACGUACAUUAAGGUUAAAUGAAAUGAAUGUUGUUGUACAUCAUAAUCAACAACAACAACAACAACAACAACAACAAUAUGAACAACAACAACAAGAAGAUGAAAAUAUAUUUACCUUUUUUAUAUUGGAUAAUGAUUUACCUAAAAAUAAUCAUCAUCAUUAUGAAAUUAUUAAUUCAACUGAUUGUCCAUUAUUUAAACGUUUUUAUAUUGUUGUAAAUAUAGACGGAAGUGGAACACUAUAUGGAACCCGGCGUAAUGAAUCUGAAUUACGAGAUUAUAUUCUGACCGGUGGUUCUAUGAAUAAAUCAAUCGAUCGAGUUAAUAAUCAAAUGUCAAUGACCAAUAAUAAUCAAUCCAGUUUGAUUACUGCUACCAGUAACAUUUUAUCAACAACAACAAAAUCUGAAACAAUUUGUUAUUUAGAUGUGGUUGUACGUGAUUCGGUUCGUGAUUCAAUCAAAUCAUCAUCUGAUGAAUCAUUAGUAUAUGAAGAUCAAACAACAUUAACAUUGGUUUAUUCAUUUGAUUGGAAUAUUGUUGGUAAUAGUGGUAAUGGAGGAAAAAAUAAACUUUUCCAUAAUAAUAAUAAUAACAACGGAACAGAAGCUAAUUUCGGAACGGGUAAUUUAAAUAGCAGUAAUGCUAAUGCAGUUAUUGCACUCGAUCAUUUUGCUGCUGCUGCUGCUGUUGGUGGACCAAAAGCUUCCGAUUUAUCAACAAUCAAUCAACGUAAAUUAUCUAAUGGUUGUUCAUCAAUUAACGAUGGUGGUGAUGGUGCCUUAUGUUCAAAUUCUGAUGAUCAUCAUCAAACUAUCAAUAAUAAUAACCGGCCUCAUUCAUCAUUUUCAUUGAAAAAUAAUUCAAAAUCCAUUAAUAGCAACGAUAACGAUAUUCUAUCUUCAUUUUCAUCAUUCAAACAAUGGCUAAAAUCAACAACAAAUAGUAAAACAUUUUUAAUCUAUGCUUCAAUCAUUAUAUUUACAAACAUUAUAAUUUUACUAGUUGUAACGACAUUUUGGUUGAUUAGACAAAAUGCUCGUCGGAUCAAUGAAACACCGAUAACGACAACAACGAAUUUGGUUGAAGAAACAUUGCGAAACGAUUUUAAUGGUCAAACAACAAAUGUUGGAACUUAUUAUCAAAUUCCAAUGAUGGAACAACAACAACAAAAUCUAUUUGAUUCAACAAAUAUUUUAUUUAUAAAUGAUAAUAAUGCUGCUGCUGCUGCUUCUUAUUUGGAUAUUCUGAAACCACCACCACCACCACCAUCAUCAUCAUCACCAUCAACAUUUGUUACAAAUGAUUCACAAAUAUCAUCUUCAUAUUUAAAUUGUUAAAAAAUGUCAUUUCUUUUUUUUGUUGUUGUUGUGAAAUUAUUAA